AUGCUCAAGACAAGUCUCAGCUCGUCGAUGCGGGCCGCCUCGCUGCCCCGCUCCCGCGUCGCCGGCUUCGCGGCCACACGCGCUUUGGCCACCGUCUCCGACUCGCCUGUCCAGCAUGCUGCCUCUGGCUCCGGCAGCCACAAGGUGGUGAUCGUCGGCGGUGGAUCUGCCGGCAUGGCUGUGAGCCACCAGCUCAUCCGAUCCGGCGGCUUCGCACAAGACGACAUCGCCAUCGUCGACCCGUCCGAAUGGCACCACUACCAGCCCGGCUGGACGCUCGUCGGCGGUGGUCUCAAGGACAAGCGUGAUCUUCGCAGGCCUCUCGCUUCGCUUCUCGACCCCAAGCUCAAGCACUACGCUGCUGCCGUCCAGGAGUUCGUCCCUACCCAGAACCAGAUCACCCUCUCGAACGGCGACAAGAUCGCCUACGACCAGCUCGUCGUCGUGCCCGGCCUCAGCAUCAACUACGACACCAUCAAGGGCCUGCCGGAAGCUCUUGCCGACCCUUCUUCGCUUGUCUCCACCAUCUACGGCUACAACACCUGCGACAAGGUGUUCGACACCAUCUCCAAGCUCAAGUCGGGCAAUGCCAUUUUCACGCAGCCCGCCGGUGUGAUCAAGUGCGCCGGUGCGCCGCAGAAGGCCAUGUGGCUUGCACUCGACCACUGGAAGAAGGCUGGCCUCUACAACCCCGCCGACUCCGCCAGCUCUCCCAUCUCGAUCGACUUUGCUACCGGCCUGCCUGUCAUGUUCGGCGUGCCCAAGUACAGCGAGCGCCUCAACGAGCUGCGCCAGCAGCGCGGCGUCAACGGUCUCUUUGAGCACGACCUUGUCGCUAUCGAGGGCAACACCGCCGUCUUUGGCCGCCCUGGAGGCAAGGAGCAGGUGCGAAAGCAGUUCGACCUGCUCCACGUCACUCCCAAGAUGGGACCGCUCGCCGUGGUCAAGAACAGCCCGCUGGCGGAUGGCGCUGGAUUCGUUGAUGUCGACCAGGGAAGCACGCGACACAAGCGCUUCGACAAUGUGUGGAGUAUCGGCGAUGCGUCGUCGCUGCCUACGUCCAAGACUGCCGCUGCAAUCACGGCCGAGGCGCCCGUGCUGGUGCGCAACCUCGGCCAGGCGCUCGAGGGCAAGGAUUCCGAUGCCGAGUACGACGGCUACACCUCGUGCCCGCUGCUCACCGAGUACGGCAAGGUGAUGCUCGCCGAGUUCAAGUACGGCGGCCAGCCCAAGGAGACGUUCGGCAGCUUGUUCGGCAUCGACCAGGGCGUGCCACGCUCCGCAUUCUACCACCUCAAGAAGAGCUUCUUCCCUUGGGUGUACUACAACUCGUACGUCAAGGGUACCUGGGCCGGACCCAAGGGUUUCUCGUUCGGUUCGGCACCCAUCAGUCCUGCAGCUGUCGCAGCCAAGCGUAGCUUCUCCUCGAGCUCCCGCAGCGUCACUAUGCCUGGGUCGAGGAGGGGAUUCGCGACCUCGAGUGUCGGGCUGCGCAACACGCCCGCGCGUCGACCGCGUGACCCUCUGGACGCCUCGCCCGACGCCGUCCGCCACACGCUUCCCUCGGGAGAGACAUUCAUUGUCCGACCACCGCCGACCGCCAGCACACCGCGUUCGACGAUCUACCAGCCGCAACCGCUUCUCUCAGCAGACCCUCUCGCGGAAGGUGCCGAGGCGUCGCUCCCUCCUGCGCUGCGCCCGCGCUCUCGCAAGGCGGCCAGCGACGAGGCCAUCACGCCGCAGCAGAUCGCGAUGAUCCAGCGCCUGCGUGCCGAGGACCCCAUCCUCAACACCAAGUCGAAGCUCGCAAAGGAAUUUGGCUGCAGCCCGCUUUUCAUCUCGAUCGUCGCGCCGCUGCCCAAGGAGGUCAAGGCGGCCAAGAAGGAGCAGGAUGAGCUCAAGAAGCAGUCCUGGGGUCUCAACAAGCGCGUCGCCCGUGCAGAGCGAGAAGAGCGCCGCCUUCUCUGGUAG